AUGCUUGUUAUAGGGUUGACAGGAGGUAUUGCAUGCGGCAAGUCGACGGUGUCGCGGAGACUGCACGAGCGAUACCGGAUCCCGGUGAUCGAUGCGGAUGCGAUUGCGCGGGAGAUUAUGCGGCCGGGGGAGCGGGCGUACCAGCGGGUGGUGGAGCGGUUUGAGCAGCGGGUGCCGCAGCUGGUGCAGGCGAACGGGGAGCUGAACCGCGCGGCGCUGGGGGCGUGGAUCUUCCAGCACGCGGAGGAGCGGCAGGCGCUGAACGCGAUCACGCACCCGGAGAUCCGCAAGCGGAUUUUCUUCCGGGUGGUGGAUUGCUACAUGAGGAUGCACCCGAUGUGCGUGCUCGACAUCCCGCUUUUGUUCGAGACGGGGCUGGACGUGUUCUGCGGGGUGACGGUGAGCGUGGUGUGCGACCAGAAGGUGCAGAUCGAGCGGCUGCUGUUGCGGAACGCGGAGCUGACGCGCGAGGAGGCGGAGGCGCGGAUCCGCGCGCAGAUGUCGAUGGAGGAGCGGAUCGAGCUUUCAGACUACGUGAUCCCGAACAACGACAACUACGAGGUGCUGUUCGAAACGGUGGACCAGGCGGUGACGUACAUCAAGCCGUACCUUUUGACGGUGAUGCUCCACUACUUUCUGCCGUUUGGCAUCGUGUCUGCGCUGGCGGUGGUGUUGUCGAAGUACUACAAGAAAACAGUCGCGGGCACCAGCCGGCGCAAGAGACGGAAGGCGAAGGAGCGCGCUGCGAAGAAGCGCGCUGCCGAGCAGAAGGCCGCGCUCAAGGCGAGCCAGCCGCCGCUGUACAAGCGGCUGCUGAGUAGGAAGGCGGAGUAG